AUGGACUUACGCCGAGGUCAGAAAGGUAUGUCCGUCCAAGCCAUCGCAGAGGUGUGGAACGUGGAUGCCGUGGAGAUUGAGAAGACUCUGGAGUUGGCGCAGUCCUCCGCUGGGAAGGACAGACGCUUUGAGGAAGUCAAUCGAACUGUGAAGCGACUGAUGGAGGACCCACCUGACCUUUGCUGCCCCAUAUCUCAUGGGUUGAUGGAGGACCCGGUGGUCGCGGCCGACGGGUUCUACUACGACAGGUCCUGCAUCAUGGAUUGGCUCGAAAGGAACACCGACGCUCGAAGUCCAACAACCGGGGUGACGAUGCACGUGCUUUACCCGAGCCAGCGCGUGAAGUCGGCCAUCAUUGCAUACAAAGAGAACACCGUGCAAGAGAUUUUGUCGGUUAGAAACACUUCGCAACUUCAGGAGUUGUUGGUAGACAUGGACGAAAAAGAAGUUCUGUGGCUUCUUCGCCAACUAGAUGAGGGUAUGAUCAAAUCCUUGACUGUGACAGGCCCCCACAAGAUCUUGGUCUGCAAGGAGCUUGCUCGCAGAAUCGCAAGCUCCACAGUUGCAGAUGAGCAAGGUAAGAGCUUGAAUUACCUGUGGGAUAUCCUUCACGAACAUCAGGCAACAGAUGCGCAAGAAUCCUGGGUGAAAGCAGCAUCUUUGGUGCUGGCAGCUUUCAGCCGCAUGUUGACAGUGCAACUGGAACGGCCUGACGUCAAACUGCUCCGCCAUGCUUGCGGUUUCCUGAGUACCCAAGAGGUUGCCGCCACGUAUGCAAAGAAUUUUUUCGACUCUGACCUUGGCAUUUCCAGCUUUGAGAAGUGGCCACCAAAAAGUUCGGCUUCCAUCUUUGCCGCGCUGGCCUCGCUUGUGGAUGACGACAAAGAUGAGGAGAAGCUCGAACUGUUGAUGAAAGCACAUGAGUUGAAUGAUUCUGAUGCAGAGGUGCGUUUCGCUCUGUCAAAGCAGCUUGGUCGAUGUAUGCUGCGCCAGCGCAUGACUGAUGACGGCAAGCAUUUGGAAGGGUUGCUCCUGAAAUUGCAUCUGGAAAAGGAAGAGGACAUUCCCGCCGAGGUUCUAUCCAAACUUAGCCUUGAGCAAGAAAGUCUGAAGAGUUUGCGUGGUUCGCAGCUCAUGCUUCUUGCAAAGAUGCUCGAAAAGGCCAACCGACGAGCAGAUGGAGCUCGGGUAGCUGUUGCCGCUGCAGAAGCCUUUGCUGCAGAUGGGAGUGAGGAUGAAUCUCAUGGAGCAAUUGCCACUGCCCACUACCUAGACCGCACCAACGACGAUGCAUCCUACCAGUUGUGUGCACUUCUUGGGAGUCUUGCCAGCAAGUGCAAGAACCUUGGAAACCAAUACGCCGAGCUUUCGGACAAAUACAACGAGCUCCAGAAGGCCCAACAGGCGCCCAUCCAACCUUCGCUGAAGUCUUUUGUGUGGGAUUUGUCGAGCUACGACUUCACCAACUUCACCGAAGAGCAGGAGCAACUCAGCGAGAAGUUCCAGCUCGGGGCGUCCGGCGUCGAGGCUUGGCUCGAUUUGCGACCCAAGGCAACUCCAGACAAGGCCGGUCUGUUUUUUUGGGUCAGCGAGCCCGUCUGGGUGAAGUGGCGAUUUCAAGUGGGCAGUUGGGAAGACACUAUAGAGUGGGAAUUUGCAAAAAAGGAAGAUGGCAGCAUAUCUGGCUAUGGUUGGCCGAAAGCAAUCCCCAUUUCCAACCUCGCCUCGGGCAUCGCCUUCCAUCUGCCGAGCGUCCGCCGCGCCGGGUCCUCACUGCGGUUGGUGGCUCCGGGCUCUUGAAGAGCGGAUCCCGGUCCGUGCAGCGCCGAACGCCAACUGACAAGUGGGCACCGGCAGUUUUGAACGCAAGAAAGCAGCAAACAUCGGCCGAGAAUUCGUCUGAAGUCCGAAGUGAGACUGGCCGAGAAUUCGUCCUGAAGUGAGACUUUCGUUUUUUGUGGUGUGUUUACGUGGGUCGCAUGGCGUGAGUCAUCAUGAGAGAAGUGCCAUCUUUGAAUUACUAUAAUCAAAAUUCAAUUCCAAAGGGCGACAGGGAUUUUUUUGGCUCGUGGAGCCUCAAGGACCGAUCAACGGAAGUCCGUCUAUGGUUUAGUAAGCUGAGGAAUUAGUUUCAGACACAAGCGCUGAGGACUAGCUUUAGGCAAUAUCUCAUCUUGAAGCGGAUGAGUGCAAGGCUUUGCUCAAAGCACCGCGCGACAUCAAGGAAAAUUGCUCCUGGCAGGGCUAUUUGAACGAGUGGUUU